UUCUUCGGUGGCGACUCGGCAGCAGGCGGGUGCGUGCGCGAGCGAGCACCGCGCGGGCGGGCGGCUGGGUCUCCAUGGUGAGCGUGGGGGGCGGCUGCCGCUGGCGGAGAGUCUGAGCCUCCCCUCCCCGCGGUGCCAUGUCGCGGGGGUGCUGCCCUCACCUGCUGUGGGACGUGCGGAAGCGGAGCCUGGGGCUGGAGGAGCCCGGUCUGCUGCGGAGACACUACCUAGGAAGAAGAGAAUUUAUCCAAAGAUUAAAACUUGAAGCAACACUGAAUGUGCAUGAUGGCUGUGUAAAUACAAUUUGCUGGAAUGAAACAGGAGAAUAUAUUUUGUCCGGCUCAGAUGACACCAACCUGGUAAUUAGCAAUCCCUACAGCAGAAAGGUUUUAACCACCAUUCGCUCAGGACACAGGGCAAAUAUUUUUAGUGCAAAAUUCUUACCAUGCACCAAUGACAAGCAGAUUGUGUCCUGUUCUGGAGAUGGAGUAAUUUUUUAUACUAAUGUUGAGCAAGAUGCUGAGACCAACAGACAAUGCCAAUUUACGUGCCACUAUGGAACUACCUAUGAGAUUAUGACAGUACCAAAUGAUCCCUAUACUUUUCUCUCAUGCGGUGAGGACGGAACUGUAAGGUGGUUUGAUACUCGCAUCAAAACAAGUUGCGCAAAACAAGAUUGUAAAGAUGAUAUUUUAAUAAACUGCCGACGUGCUGCCACCUCUGUAGCUAUCUGUCCUCCAAUACCAUAUUAUCUUGCUGUGGGCUGUUCUGAUAGCUCAGUAAGAAUAUAUGACCGGCGAAUGCUUGGCACAAGAGCAACAGGUAAUUAUGCUGGUCGGGGCACUACAGGAAUGGUUGCACGUUUUGUUCCUCCCCACCUCAAUAACAAAUCCUGCCGGGUAACAUCUCUAUGCUACAGUGAAGAUGGGCAGGAGAUCCUUGUUAGCUAUUCUUCAGAUUACAUAUACUUGUUUGACCCUAAGGAUGACACAGCACGAGAACUUAAAGUUCCUUCUGCAGAAGAGAGAAGAGAAGAGAAACAGCCAUGCAUGAUAACAGAAUAUUUCCCUGAAGACAGAAAUAUCAACAAGAAGGAUCAACAGACAUGUCAGGAACAUAUUGAUACAUCUCUUAAAAUACUUGAUCAGCACCAGGGGGAGCAAAGUCCUAACGUCUCACUGAUGCAGCGGAUGUCAGACAUGCUAUCAAGAUGGUUUGAAGAAGCUAGUGAAGUUGCGCAGAGCAACCGAGGACGAGGAAGAUCUCGGUCUAGAGGUGGAACCAGUCGACCAGAUGCUUCCAUUACUAGCAACAUACCACCAAGUGCUGAAUCAGAGACUGCAAUGGAAGUGGAUGGUCCUGAACAGCUUCCAUCCUCUUCAUCCUAUACAAUGUCAGCACAAGCUCCCUCAACAUCUUCCUCAGUAGAAACCCCCCCUUCCACAUCCUUACUAUCCUCACCUGACAAUGAACAAAGACCAUCUUUGGAGGCCUCUACUCAUCCUACACUCCAUCAGUCUGAAUUUUUGGCACCUGAGUUAGCUAUACUCCGUAGGGGCCUGCAGCGACUGAGGCUUAAGAAGGCUGAACAACAGAGACAGCGAGAGCUAGCUGAGGGUUCAGCACCACAGUCCUCCACCUCUGAUCAGUCUUCCCCUAAGGGCUCCUCACAGGACCCUCAGACUUCAGAUGCAGUUGAGUUUGGUGAUGGGAGCAUGGAAUUUUGGAGUCAUGACUCUUCAGGUAUUGUUCCUGGCACAAUAGAAGUUCUAGAUUCUCCUUCCUCUGUGGUUAACAAACAGCUCGGAUCCAUGUCACUUGAUGAGCAACAGGACAGUGAAAAGCAGAGUCCACGAGCAGGAACAGGUGAACCAGUUUUAAGUUUGCACUACAGUACAGAAGGAACUACUACAAGCACAAUAAAAUUGGACUUCACGGAUGAGUGGAGCAGCACAACUUCAAGUUCUAGAGGGAGUGGAAGUCACUGUAAACCUGAAGGCCAGGAAGAAGCUCUAAGAACACACAGCUCAGAACAGACAAUAGCAGAAAAUGAAGAAACAAGAGUCCGUAAAGAUUUGCCCGAGGAAGUUACAAGUGCUGAAGAGUUGAAAACUAUAGAUGAAGCUGUAGAGAGAACAGAAACAGCGAAUGUUUCUGAGCAUCCUGGAACCAGCACAGAAGGAGAAAGUGAUCCCAAUCUUGACAGCGUCUGUAGGAACCCAAAGGAAGGACCUUCAAGUGAAAAAAGCAAAGAACAAGAGAGUUCAAGUCAAAGUACAGAGUCUACUGCCAACCCAGUUAAUACAAACCAUGAACUUCAACCGCAGCCAGACUCUUCAGGGCUUGCAAGUCAUGAAGAAUCAUCCACCAGAAGUACUGCUUUCCAAGAAACUGAUGAUAGUGAUGAUGAUCCUGUCCUGAUACCUGGUGCAAGGUAUCGAGGAGGACCAGGACAUAG